UUCGAGAGCAAGCAUGCGCGUUGGAAGUCUCUUGCGAGAUUUCGUUAUUAUUGCACAUGGUAGGUCGUGUUUAGGCAAAAUAUGGUCGUGAUGAUGGUCUAAAAGUUUGUCUUUCGGCUUGUGGAAACAAGGCUUUGUACUUGCCUACACACGUCUCGUACUCCUCGAAAGUGUUGCCACGUUCUAGCCGCGGGAAUAAGGAUUCAGCACAUGGUUUAAUAUGAGCAAAGCCGAUUCCUCGAAUACGAUCGACGAACAGUUGCCUGUAGACCCGGCUGUAGAGACGUUGCCUACAGACAAUGGCGAUUCGAGUCAGAGUAUUGAAAUCCCUGAGGGGAAAACAAAUGAAGAGUCGGUUGAAAAUGGCAACAGUUCUGGUGGAGAAGAGAAGCAAGCGAACGAGACGAGUCAUACUAUUGAUUUAGCCACAAUUGCACCGCCACCCCCUGUAGUCAAUCCUUGGAACAAAAGCACGAAAAACGCUCGGAAUUCCACUGAGAAAGGUAAGGCAAGAUUUAUCGGAUUUGCUUAGCACGUUUUUCAGAGGUUCACAGUAUUCUAUGUUCUGUAGUUAAGCCCGAAGGAACGGCGAAAGAAAGCGUAAAAGAGCCAGAGGUUCCGAAGGUACGGUCACCAAUAUGUCUUAUUGGCCUUUGCCAUAUCUGUGUAUUUUGAACGAAAACGAUGUUUCAUAAUACAACGUAUUUAGAAGCGUAUACUUUGUUAAUAGCAGGAGGAUAAAUUGACGGAUCCAGAAAGCUGGCCAAGCCUUGGGGAGACCGGUCAAAAUACAGAAGAAUCGAAGGUACAUGAGAAAAGUCAUGUAUAUAUAUUAUUUUUUUAACUCUCCCACCCCCCGGUUUGAAGGCUUGCGAAAUCUCUCGAGUGAAAUUUUUUUGCAAAUUUUUGUCUUCAUGCUAUUUUAUAGAAUUCUACGGUUAAAAAAGAAGCUGUUAUCGAAGUUCCCAAUAGUACAAGCGAAGAAAAUCUAAAAACGACCCCAAGAAAGAAAGGUAUCAGAUUUCAUUUCCUUCGCUUCGAAUAUAAUGUUCUUCCCACACAAAUAAAUGCCUGGCAGUACGAUUACUUAGUAACCGCAUGUAUUUAUUCACGUAGAACCAAAGGUAAGUGUAAUCAAUGCAUUCGUGUCUCCUUUAUGCAGAGAUAUUAAACUAUCUUGAUGCCAUGCUAUGAUUACCAAUGUUUAUAUUGGAGUAGGCUGCAAGUCAAUUAUUUCAAAAUAUGCCAUUUAAUAGUGUGAUAUUCAGUUGAUGAUGUAACCAUGAACGGAUUGAUUUUAGAAGAGGCUUCUUGACACUAAAAAACAUGUGAUUGAAUAUCUCAUUUGUUCAUUGGGCUUGUGUGAAUAGUGUAAUUAACUAUUUAUUACAUGCUAGCAAGUACCAUAUGUACAGCUAGUCACAAUUCAUUAUUGCAUGCAAAUUGAUAUUUCUUGUGUGGAUGUGAAAUUGUUUUGGCUGGCGACAAUACAGCGACAAGAACAUUGGAACAAUGGUCAUUUCUCUCCCACGGAGGAAAUUGGGGAGUUAACCCCUGUACCCCUUCGGACGCCCUAAUACACAUACCGUUAUUGGAAACAAAUUUUUCAGGAUCCCUUUCCCAAGAGUCUUAAUGUUUCCCGAAAAAUUAAUGACAUUUCAUGACAAAAACUCUAUAUACAUUUAAAAUUAAGCAAACAUACUUAUUAUAAACAGUUUCGGCAGCAUAUCCUGUUGCCUGUUGUGUACUUUUCUUCUCUUACAUUCUUUAUUUGAACACAAACUUGGAAAAUUGUAGUUCAUAAACUUGCAAGUUGAGCCGCCAUUUUGUUUAUUUAUGUACAUAGGCGGUCGAGGCAGUCAACAAUUUUUCACUUGUUGCCCGGCGGGAUACAUUGGGGUAUAUUAAGAACUUAUAAUAAUAAUAAUGAUUUAAUAGCAUUUCCACAUAGUGGCUCUUCUAUGCUACAAGUGAGUUUGAUUAUAAGAUAACAAAGUGUACAAUACAUACAACGGAGUACAUAAUACGACACAACAAGUAUUACAAUACGUAGUAUGUUGUACAUUACAGUAUUUAACAAUUGUCUGAAUUGACAUUACUUAUACACAGUAAAAUAUAGUACAGUUAUACACACAAUAUCAACAAAGUUUACGACGUGUCACUAAUUCUGUUUUUAAAACAAUCAAUGAAAUUAAAGGUAGACAAACUCGUCAUGGGUAAUACAAUUUAAUGGUGUGUCCUAAAUAUAACUAUGCAACUGAGUGAGAAAAAUCUGUAACAGUCAGCAGCAUUAAAAUAUUGAGUAAUCUUCUGAAGGAUAUUAAGACAAAACUAGCAUUAAUUCCUUUAAGUUUGGCAGUUUGCCCUUAAAAAACUAUUUCUUAGAAUCAUACAGUAUUUAAGGGUAUCGUCCGUAUCUAUCGCUUUGAGUUAUUAUUGUGAUCAGUAAGUUAUUAUAAUUUAUAUAUUUGAAUUUAUAAUCCUAAGAUCUUUUAUAUAUUUUUCUUACUAAAAGUAGCUUUUAGACAUUUUAAAGUAAAAUUAAUAACUUUGUAUAUAUUGUAUAUGAGGGCCACAGGGUUUUCAGUUAUAUUGCUGUCAUAUGUUUUUACCCUCUUUAAAUAAAUAUCCACUGGAUACUAGAAUUUGGUCUUGGACACAAAACUGUGAAUGACUUGUAAUUGUAUCCCAACUGGAUACCACAAAAUGUCAAGCGAGAUAAUGCUAAAUGUCUCUGGUGGGUCUCCCAAUAGCUUUGCAUGCUAUGAGUCUGCCUUCUUGAAAAUAACCGGCCUUUGAUUUUAAACUUGGUUGUCCAGUUGUUGAGUGUCCUGUUGUUAUUGUAGUUUAUAACAAUAAUUAUAAUAUAACAUUUGUAAAUUCUGAACGCUGAUUGGCUAAGAGCCGUGUUGAUAUAACUCCAUGUCAACACGGGAAAUUUUCCGCCGCUUGUAACACGGAAAUUUUUCUUAUUCUUCGGGCUUUUGACAUUGCUAUAUUAUAAAACAAAUAUAAAACAUUUUUUCCGUAUUGAUAUAUAGUUAUAUCAACACUCGUGGAAGUUGGAAAAACUCGAAAUUGUGUGAAAACACUCCGCCCUUCGGGCGUCGUGUUUUCACACAAUUUCUCGUUUUCCCAAUUUCCACUUGUGUUGAUAUAACUGUAUAUCAACACGGAAAAUGUUUUAUAUUUGUUAAAAGGUAUGUACUGUAUACCUACUCUGAUGAUUCAGGAAUGCCAAAAAUUAUGCCAUCCAGUUGGACUCUCAAAUGGAUUCUCAAAUGGGAUACUAGCCUACUGUAGAAUUUUGAACCCAGAUUUAAAUUUCAGACCCUGACUACUGUAUUUUACUUCUGUUAUAUACUUUGGCACAUUUUGCCCACUUCCUAUAUAAACAUGCACAGACAUUAAUAAGGCCAAAUAAAAAAAAACUUGGUUAGCAUCACCGCCCGCCUGUCGAUUCCUGCUGUCUCUGAAUUUUUUAUGUAAAUCUCUUUUUAAUGCUAUUAAUAAUUUCAGCACUCUUUUCGUUAUGGUUGCUACAUCCCACAAUCCGUUUUGUUCUUGUGUAAAACAGUGGUCUAUGAUUUAAGAAUUUGUGUGAUUUUUUUACCUAUUUCAGAUUUUAUCUAUGCUUCUAACACGAUGCAAUAGCAAGUCUGUCAUUGGACUUUUUAAACUUUUGAAAGUUAAUUAAGGCGAGUUGCUUACAGUGGGACAUCACAUAGCAGGAUUUUUUGAGAAUUUCACUGAUGUUGAGUGUAAAGUUUAAACAUUAAGAUCUAACAAGGAGCAGCACCAAAAAAGCGAGUAUUGGUGCCUCUUGCAUGAAUCAAACCUGCGGCCCUGAGAUUCUGGUGCAUUCCCUUGGGAAGUACUUCUUUUGAUGUUCUGCAUGGAAUUUUCAUCAUUUAAACUGAACUAUCAAAUUGUGUUAAAUUGCAAAAUGCUAUGAACAAACAGAAGAAAGAUGUAAUAUUCUGCUCUGUUUAAUAAAUCAGUUAAAACAAACAAAACGAACUAGCUUGUUUGAUAGCAGUAAAUCUCAAACAAUUGCCAGACAGAUACAGCUGUUAAGUGCACUUGAUCUGCAUAAAUACUAGACGUAUACUUAAUUAACAUACAUUACAACUAUGUACAGGAGUAUCCUAACAUGCAUGCAUAACCCAGGUUCUGAAAUUUGCAGUAUUCCAAUAUCAACAGGAUACUAAAAUUUGGUUAAAAUGGAUACCAAAAUGUCAAUGUGAAUGACUUGUAUCCUGACUGGAUAGUACAAAAUUUCAAACAUAAUGCUUAUAAAUGUCUUUGGUGGCUUAAUCCCAAUAACUUUGAAAACUACGAGUCUGCCUUCUUGAAAAUAAGCAGCCUUUGAUUUCCAACUGGGUGGUGUAGUUAUUGACUGUUGAGUCCCCUGUUGUUAUUGUAGUUUAUAGCCGUGAGAGAUUGUAUACUUUGAUGGUUCAGGGGUGCCCAAAUUUAUGGCAUACUAGAUGGAUACUAGAACUUUGAAUCCUAAUCAAUAUCCCAGUGGGGUACUGGAAAAAUUCAAAUUUAAGACCCUGCAUAACCAAUCCUGUGAUAAUAAACACGCCCAUUGUGCUUUUCUUGUCUGAAGAUUGAAGUUUUGCUGUUCUGAGUUUUGACCUUCAGAGAACAACCUUGAACAACUGGGUUCAUUUUGCCUGUAUUGGUUUAAAGUCACUCUUUGAGAAGGCAAACAUUGACCAUAUCGAAACGGCCAAACAGGGCACGUUUUGGGCAGUUUUGAAUAUUUUGUUGCAAGGAAAUGUGUUAUGCCUCGUAUUUCUCGAUUUUCCUCUUCCUGUUCUCCGCCCCAAAUUUCGUUGGUUCCAGUUUUCUCAUGUGAAAAAGCUCUGAAAUAGCAAUGGAAGGCCCUAUAUCUAGGCUGCAUCAUAGUGUACAGUAUUCAUGAUACAAAAUGAUCAGGUUGCGUAUAGUUGUUUAUUUAUUUAUUGUGCUUCGCUUCCAAACAUACAACAAUUGCAUUACAGAAUCUGGGACACCACAACAGCUUAACACCAAUUACAGUGGGUCAUUUACAAAAUAUCAAUAUAAAAAUAGAAAUAAAGUUAUUUAAUUAAGGUACGUUUACAACACCGCGAUCCGCCGUGUGGCACGCGUAAUAAAAUUUGUGCAUUUAAAAUUUCGCCUCAAUUCAGAUUGGAUUGUGGCAGCAAAUGAAAUUUAUGCACCAGAACCCGAAUCGCACAGGACAAAUCACAUUGUGUAAACACCCCUUUAGUAACAGCAUGUUAAUGGUCGGAUGAGACUUCUGCUUGUGCCGGUUACAUUUGAUACAGACAGUCUUCCAAGUUCGUGAAUCGUCAACGUUGUAGCAGGAUCGUAAUGCAGUCAAGUAGUAUGCUAAUAUUCCGUUCUUAAAUUGAAUAAAAGAAAGAUGAUUAAUCCUUAAAUGCUCCGGGAGAGAGUUUCAAGUUCUAGUUGUUCGAAGAAAGAAUGAUCGAUUAUAAGUUGUUGUUUUAUGUUUACGUUUACGUUGACGGAAUGAGAUUGCGUUGACAUUUUGCAGAUGAUCUUGUUGACUGAACAUUGAGUCUUUUUUUGUAUAUUUGUAACAACGGGAGACGUGCAUGGUAACCAGCAUCCAGAAGUGGGAUUAUUGAGUGGAAUCUCUGGGGGGAUAUACUAGAACGUUCGAAUCCUGGUAUCUCAGCACAAUUUGAGACCCUGCACACCGACGUCACAUUUUGCAUGAUGUAUAUAGAGUGCGAACUGCAUUAGAUUCGAGCGAACUACAGUACAUGCAAAAUUCGAUGCCUGUUUCAAACGUCGAAUGUUGCAUGCCUAUUAUACCCAAUAUCGUUCAAAGAACAUCUUUCAGAGGAAAGUAUGAAAGCAUAUGUUACGCUGCGAUGAAUCUCAAUCUAUUACUAUGACCCUAACAAUUACAAAGUAACUACUUUAUACAGUCAAAAUUACUUCAGGAAUUCAUAUUUUUUAGAGUCGUAGUUCUUUGGAACAAUCGACCAGCGGACUGUAAAAAUUGUUCAUCUCUCUCGUUGUUUAAGUCUAAACUAUAUUCGCCUGUAUUCUAAAAGCUCACUCACAUUCAAAGAGUGGAGGUUCAGUCUGAGCUUCUCUUGAGUGCCAGUGCUGUUUUUGAAUAGCUAGAGGGUUAGUGUGGUACCUUACUGUGUGACUAAUCACCCUCCAGCUAUUCAAAAACAGCAUUGAUACUCAAGGCAAGCUCAGAUUGAACCACCACUCUUUGAGUGUGAGUGAGCUUUUAGAAUACAGGCGAUAGUCUUUUCUCGGACAAACUCUCUUCUUACACAUCGCCACAAUUAGUCUUUUUGUUUUUUUCAUGUAAUUGCUUGUCUCUUUUGUAUGGGGGCAGUUGUCAAUUGGGACUUCGUCCUGUCACACAUGUAAUUGUUGUAGUCCUUUUUUUGUAUUGUAUUGUAUUUGUAUACGUGACAAAUGAAUUAAAUUAAAUUCAAAAACUCAAUAAUUCAGGAGCAAAACACAAAGAAAAAUCAUAAGCGUGUCGUGGUUUUAUAUGUGAUAAAAAAUCAUGUUAAUUUACAUAAACUUUAGCUUUGAUUUUCUCGGUUUAGACAAAGUUUAUUUUAAAAAUUACUUUGCCAGUGAACUCGUAUAAGAUGAGUCGUUUUUGAAGCCAUUUAAAGCACUUGUAGUCGUGUUUUAUCACAUAUAAAACACUCCGCUACGCGUCGUGUUUUAUAUGUGAUAAAACACUCCUACGCGUGCUUUAAAUAGUACUUAAAGUGUAAAACACCUUAUGAUGCUGUACUCCGAAAUUUAAGAAUGUUGUAAGAACAUUUUAAGCCUAAAUUUGUCGGGAAAAUAAAAGUAUGCAAAGAUUUAUCUUUUUCCGAAGUUGGCAACUUGUGACAUUCCAAUAGCAUUAAUACAUGGAGUCUUUAAAGCGAUGCCCACGCGUGUCAAACGACGUCGCACUUUGCUCGAAUUCGACCGCACCGGUCGAAUUUAAAGUUAUGGUGAUUGUGACGAUUUCUAUCGCCAACGUGGGCGCUGCAGUUCACAAUAACACAAGUCAAUAAAACCCAAUGUACUACAAUUAACAUAAAGGUUUUAAUUCUGUAAUUACUAAGAGUUAUCUAAUUUCCUAAAGUAUUUUUUUUAACAAACCCGAGUCCAACAGAGUGUAGCUACGUCUUCUUUCUUCAGCUAGCCCACAGCGCUUAACUUUCCGCGUAGUAUCAAACAUAUAACAGCGUCGUAUUUUGUUUGUUGAGAAUUUUAACGGCUAUGUCUUAUGAACAAAAGCGUGACGAAACUUGCUAACAAUCUGAACAUUCUUAAAUCGCUUCGAGGUGGUUUUCUGUCGAUCUCAAAUGAACUUGAGCGUAUAUAGUCAGCGAACUUCAGUAUACUUCCAACAAAAGCGAGAUGUCCUUCCAAGUUGUUCUUCUCCUAAAGGUCUUCGUCGGUUUUUGAAUGUUUAGGAACUCCUUCCUUGCUUGUCCUGUUUUUCCUCUGCUCGCUUCAAACUCUGGGCUCCUUAUAUAAUCCAUUAAUUUACAUAUUCAUAAUAUAUAAUUAUAUAAUUAUAUACAGCUAUUCUUUUAUCACAGUGGUUAUGACCAUAAUUAGAAACGUCGAAUAAUUCAAGCCAUGGAAUUCGACACAUGCAUACAAAAUGUGACGUUUACUUUAAACAGGCCUUAUUGUACGUUUCCUUAGAAAAAGAUCUGUCAAAGUAAAAGAUGUAUUAAAGUUUUAUUGUUCAGUGAUUUGAUCGGAGGUCUAACGUUAUCACAAAGUCGAAAUAGUGAAAGAAUCCAAAAACGAGCUGUAAGGAUUAUCACUCCUGACCUAAGUUAUGAAGAUGCUCUUGCUUCGUCUAAACUGCUUCCACUUAAUCAGAGACGGGGACAUACAUUGCAUUGAUUUAAUUAAAAAAUGACCUCCCCGUCACAUAAAUUACACUACUUGUUACCUGAGAAAUAGAGAAACUAGAUUCAAUAGAAACAAAUAUUAUAAUUAAAAGUAGAACUGCUGAUCGUUUUAAGAACAGUCCACUGGUCUAUGCUGUAGAUAAAUACAAUAAUAAUAUGUUUUAGUAUUUUUGCACAAGUGAACAUAACAAAUCCUACGCGUUGAUUGGUCAGAUUUGACGUAAUAAGCUGUUAUCAUAGAGCUGUUAUAUUCGCCUGACGGUUACCGCUUCAAAAUGGCGGCUACCUGUUUUGUGGAAGUUUACUGACAAAGAAAUAAGCGAAAUUAAAAUAAAUUCAGUCUCAAAAAAACACAAAAGCUUGUGUAAAAAUACUAAAGCAAUUCGCCUCAGGCUUGCCUUACCUCGACUUCGUCUCGGCGAAUAUUCCCCGAUAAUCACCUCGCCUUCGGCGAAUAAUUGUUAAAUGUUCUUACUAGAUGUAAAUACAUAUAUUUUUAAAUAGUUUUAUUAACAUUUUAAUAGAUUUAUUUGUAGUACCUAUGUAAAUACAUGACAAUUAAGUUAUCUUAUUCCAUGUAUACUAUUUAAAAACCCCAGUAUUAUAAUUAGCGUAUGCCAAGCAUUUUUUGGCUGUAUUCCUACUUUUUAACCCCUGCAUUUUCAGUUUAGUAUCCAAAACCAAAUUUCAGUAUUUUGUGGGUAUGCAAAUUUCAGGCCCCGGCAGUACAAGUUUCAACUCACUUGGUGUUCUUAUGUUGUAGGAAAUCGCCAGAAAUGGGUUCCUCUUCCGCUGGACCCCAAAGGUCAAGAUGGUGAAAAUUCCAAUCAUUCACCAGAUCCUGAUGGUUCAUUUCCACCACGCAGAUCUCCCAGUUGGCGUGGUGUUUCACCUGGUGGCCGUGGGGGUAGGGGUAGGAGAGGUGCUGGUGGCUUGUUUAGGGGAGGAAGAGGUCGACAGCGAGGAGGUGGCAGAGGUGAGAAUUGUCUACUAUAUAAAACAUAAAUCAUUGUUUUCAGUCAAAAUAUUUAAAGAUUCAAGCAAGAUAUGAACAUAGUUAAUAAUAGAAUAGAUGGUUUGGAAACUCAUUAGAAUAACAAUAUAACUCAUUAUCUAUGUUGGUGAACGUUUAUUCAUAAAUAUGGUCCUUCACCGUCACGUGUGUAUUGUAUUUUUGCCAAAUCCACCAAUAGCAAUUCCAAUUCCCCCUAUUGUUCGAGUCACGGUCACGGAUAGGUAUCUUUCCUAAAACAUUGCUAUUGGUUAGUUGGGCAAAAAUACAAUACACACGUGACGGUGAAGGACCAGAUUUAUCAAUAAACGUUGACUAACAUAGAUAAUGAUUUUAUUGUUAUUCUAAUGAGUUUCCAAACCAUCUAUUCUAUUAACUGAUAUGAACAAGCUAAUAAAACUCUUUAUUAAAUUUUCACAAGUUUUUUCAAAUGAAACAAACUCGGACAUUUCAGGCGCUAAUUAAUAUUUCUUUUCCCAAUUUUUUUUUUUUUUUUGGGGGGGGGGAGAAACAAUAUUUGGACAUGCCACUUGUUACUAACUUACCGAAAUUUGUACAAUUUUUCAAUAAUAUUUUCGUAAAUUUAUCAAAAAUUUUCCUACAAUUAUUACUUUUAAAAAUUAUGUAAAAUUAUGUAAAAUUUUUGGCUGAGUUACAUAUUUUUUGCUUGACGAGCUUGUCGUUAAAAUUGCCCGACAAAACCGCAAUUUUACAACAUGUCCCCCCCCCCCUGGAGUUACGCCCCGGAACAAACUAAAUUUUUACUUCCAAUCUCCUUAAUGCUUAAUUCUCCUAUUUGCAGGGUCUGAUCAACAAAUGCAUUAUGGAAACAAUCCAUAUCAGUAUUCUAAUGUCAAUCCUUAUGAUGGAACAAUUUAUGUGGCUCAACCUUAUGCCGGAAUAUGCUACUAUGACAAUCGGAAUUACAGUAACAUGCUAGAUGAACCCUUGUUAAAAGACUAUAUUAGGAGGCAAAUGUGAGUGAAAUAUACUUGUCUUAUAAUAGACAAUUCCCAUUAUAGACUAAUUUUUUAUUUUGGAAAAAAAAAAUUGGGCCGAAAAUGGUAGCAAUUUCCGCACGCACUACAAAAGUAUACAAAAUUUGCAAACUUUGCAAGGCUAUAUUUUCCGCAUUUUACAACAUUUCGCAACCAAAGUUUGCAAUUUUACUCAUUUUAGUAUGCUCUUUCUAGCUGUGGUGAUUUAUUUGCAUCUCCUUGCCUAGUUUUAAAAUUAGUGUAUAAUGUUUGUAAAACAUUGAGAUUCGAGGGGAAACAAAACUAAGUAUUUCCCGAGUGAACAGAUUUUAAGUGUUUUGUUAUAUAGCGACGAAACAAAAAUCAACAUUCAUUCAACAAUUGUAUUUCAUGACAAAAACCCUAUAGUUUAAACGAGUUUAAUAUUAGAAGAACUUACUUAAACGGCUUUCAGCAGUAUAUCCUGCUGUCUAUUUUUCUUCUCUUUUACAUUCGUAGUUUAGAAACGUACGAGUUGUGCCGCCAUUUUGUUUAUUUAUUAACAAUUUUUCACUUGUUGGCCGGCGGGAUACAUUGCAUUUAUCUAAAGCCACGUGACUACAGAUGAGCCAAUCACGUUUGGUGUUCAACCUAACUAUACAAAUAACGAAAUGUUUUAGUUGGAUGUCACAACGUCCACGAUCUGAAAGAGAAAAAUGUACUUGCCGAUCUUUAGAAUAAAGACUCUGUAGUAUUACUAAUGCUAUAUUUUUUCUUUUUCUUUUAGUGAAUAUUAUUUUAGUACCGAAAACCUGGCGAAAGAUGUCUACCUGAGGCAACAGGUACUGAUGAUAAUUGAUAACUUCUUAGCAUGCACAUAUGCAUUUUAUGUUUACUAUUGUUUCACAUGCAUAUAGACGGAACAUUUAACAUAGAAACUAUCGAAACAUACUGUAAAAGCAGCACUGUAUCAAAGGGUGACGUGUGUACACCAAAAAAUGUUUUAAAAUUCCUGUUGUUUCAAAACAAUUGUGAACGAUUGAGAAUAAUUUCUCAAUGUCUGAAUUUGCCAGACCUGGAAAAAGUGUUUGGUGCUCCUCGGGGCCUGGAUUUGCGUGUUUCAAACAAUCGAAAAUUCGACUGUACAUUACUCUAUUAUUUAUGCUACAGCAAAGCAUACUUGACUGUAUAUUUGUUACAUGUCUUACUGUAAAUGACAGUAUACAGUAGUGGAUCCGGCAAGGUUUCUAAAGGGGAGGGGGGUGCUGGGCGAGCAGCAAAGCACAUCAAACCCAGCAAUGGCCAGCAGCGAACACUGUCAUGAAAGUGCAUCUACAGGUUAUAGUUUCUUGGUUACCAUUUACAGAAACGUUGAAUAAAAUUAAUAUAAUUUAAUAAUGAUAUAAAAUAUGAAUCCCCGAGAUCAUCUGCAUGUCAACACUGCACAUGUCAACUGCAUUAUUAAUAGCUAUACACUUCAUGCUGUUUAGCCAGAAACGUGAUUAUUUUCAAAUUAUUUGUACUGUAACAUGUAUCUCAUUUCGCGUGUUAAAAGCUUUAAAAUGAUAAUUACUGUAGCAAGCUGACACAUAUUUCAAUUUAGAAGAAAUUGUUUACGGUUCAAAACGGUGCUUCGCUCGCAAGCGUUCUAAUGCUACUGAUGGUUUACAGUGUUUCGCUCGCUACUCUGGUUUAAAUGUUGGUACAAUGUUCUGUUUAUAGAUGGAUGGUGAAGGUUUUAUUCCUAUAAGCUUAAUAGCAAGUUUUUACCGAGUACAAGCACUGAGUCAAGACCAAGAUCUUAUACUUCAGG